CAAAGACUCGAGAGCUGAGAAGGACAUCUGAAGCUAUGAAGGGUUUAAAAACUCUUUCGGCGUACGCGCUCACGCUCUUACUUCUCUCCACGUUUGUGUCCCAUUCCUGGAGCGCGCCCACGGUAAGUUUUCAGCGUAGGAAUUGGACGCCCCAGGCGAUGUUAUAUUUAAAGGGCACACAGGGACGGCGCUUUGUGGCUGAGGACAGAAAUGAAGGGGACCUGUAUGACACAAUUCGCUUGGAAUCACGCAGCCAGAACACAGAAAAUCUGAGCAUCUCGAAAGCAGUUGCAUUUCUCUUAAAUGUUCUCCAACAAGCCAGAGAUGAUAGUGAACCUUACUGAAACCAGCUAAAU